AGAAUGGCUGUUUUGCAAUAGCAGCAGCGGCAAGCCCGCGAAAAAAGUCAUGUCUGGGCGUGACUCCGGAUUGGAGGAAGCUGAAACGGCGUCUGGCUUCUCCGAUCUGAGCGACUCCGAAUUCCUGCAAAUCGAGGAGCCAGAAGCUGGGGAUUCCGAAAAGCCAAGUUGUUCCCUCGGCCCUCCUACAGAAUCUGAGGGUGGCGAUGUGGCGAAAGGGAGCGUGCUCGGAACAGCGAAAAGAAAGAGAUCGCAUGUGCCGCUCGACAUCUUCCACCUGCAUUACCUUUCGGUAACGGAUAUAUCCGCGCAGGUGUGGUGCGAACAGCAAAUGGUUUAUAGGCGAGAGCGUCCAGACCUGACGCCUCCUGAAAAUAUUGUGCUGUUGAACACAGGAAAGAGCAUCCACCUUGCCAGAGAGCUGGAAGACCAUGACCUGGUGACGGUGAGCACCACAAGCCGAGAAGAUUCCUGGGCGAUAAAGGUGCUGAAUCUUCUGGUGAUGCUUUCGGUGCUGCAGGCAGGUCACCGUGUGCGAGAAUUUCCAGUGUUUGGAGUGCUGGAAGACAUCUUUGUGGUUGGGGUCAUUGAUCAGCUGGGUUAUACACCCAAAGGAGAGCUGGAGCUAAAUGAACUGAAGACCAGGAACAAUGCCUCCAUGCCCUCGGCGGCACAGAAAAAGCGGGAUCGUUUUCAGGUCUUUCUGUAUAAGUAUCUCUUUGAUGCCAUGGUGCGAGGGUGCCUGGCGCCGGACAGUUUCCUCCAGCGACUCCACCUGAGGCCCGAGCAGCCGCUUGGCCCCCACGUCCAGGAGCAAGCCCAGAAGUCGGGUUUCACGGUGAGCUGCCUUUGCGAGCUCCUGGAGCUGCUCUCCCUCAACCUGACACACUGUGACAUCCCCGCCAUCGACCGUUUGCAAAUCGAGUACAUCCACCAGGAUUCCGGCGCCGCACUCGGCACAGAGGUCUUGGCCUAUGACCAGGAGGAGGUCGGAUCCACAGUGCGGUAUUUCUUGGCUUACUGGAAAGGGCAGCGGGACUCCCGAGGGGUGGAUGUCGAGGACGCCUGGAAGUGCCGCUAUUGUGCCUACUCCGGCAUUUGCGAAUGGAGGAUGGGGAGAGCCGGCAGCCCAGAAGAGCAAUGGAAAAAGUCCAAGUGACGUUCGUAUGACCCAACCUUUGGGGACCACUUUGGAGAGCCCAAGGCCACAGUCUCCAGAGACCAUCCCUUUGUGCAGAUCAGGGUUUCCCAAACUUGGGUCUCCAGCUGCUUUUGAACUACAACUCCCAUCAUCCCUAGCUAUCGAGACCAGCAGUCAGGGUUGAUGGGAAUUGUAGCCCCAAAACAGCUGGAGGCCCAAGUUUGGGAUACCCUGGUCCUGAGGGCACAAAGUUUUCCACCUUCACAGUUUUGCUUCACCAGUUCUAAGGGAAGGAAGCAUCCUUUUCCCCACCACCACAACUGCUAAUGCCCCCAAGCAGAUGUUUUAAUAGCCUGCACUGGUCUGGGUCAGGGCCGAGGGAAACCUGUGGCCUUCCAGAUGUUUUUGGACACUGGUUUCCAUCAGCCCAAGGCAGCAUGGACACUGGUUAGGGGUGAGCUGGGCUGUAGGCCAUCACCUCUGCAUAGUGAUAAUAUUGUUAUUGAAACAAUCUCUGAUCCAGCCCAGAGCUGUACAUAUCCAAAGCUUAUAAAUGAUACUGGACUAUAACUCCCACAAUCCCUCGCCUAUUGGCCUGGAGCCCAACAUCAGCCUCCUGUACAGGGUCAUUGGGAAUUCUUUUGGGUUCAAAACUGGUCCCCAGUCAUACCUGCCAAGUUGCUGUCGGAGAAAUAAGGGACCGGGCCGGAAGUAGCAGGCCGGAAGUAGCGCUGGCCCCAUUUUGGAACUGGGCGGAACAUGCUCAGAAGUGA